CGCGCACUUCCGGCGUUCUACUUCGAUUCGAAUGCAAAAUAUUUUGCUUGAAAUUGACAGACUAUUCCGUUGUUCCCGGUGAUCUCAAUCUAUUCGCAUUUCUUUAUUCGUAUCUUUCUUUGAGUUGUUAAUAAUGGGCAUUCGCUCAGCCGGCGUCUUGUCCAAGUCAUCACGACAAGACGGCUCUAUUGAUCUUGCAUAAUCACGUUCAAUUACCUCAUCGAGCAUCGCAUGGUAUCUUAAUCUUGUAUCUUCAACGAAUCAUGAUACAGUUGUGAAAUCCUGUGUAUAUUCAGUGCAAACCACUCCGAUGUACUUUUCCCACGCAUGCGGUCUCGGCUAACAACUCCCACGUACUUUUCCCACGCAUGCGGUCUCGGCUAACAACUCCCACGUACUUUUCCCACGCAUGCGGUCUCAGCUAACAACUCCCACGUACUUUUCCCACGCAUGCGGUCUCAGCUAACAACUCCCACGUACUUUUCCCACGCAUGCGGUCUCAGCUAACAAAUCCCACGUACUUUUCCCACGCAUGCGGUCUAACGUUCAUCUAAGAAUUGCCUUCACGUACUGUCGCGUUUGUAGUUUUUUCCAAACUUUAAUAGAAUCUUAAAAUUGAUUUUAUAACAAAUAAUUCGAGCAUUACUGUACGACAGAUUACAUUCUACGUCUUAGGCACGAUUAACUUGAUUGUGUCGUGAGGAGUUUUUAUCUACUGAUAAGUUUCCUGUUUGAGUAAGCUGUCUGUGGUUAUUUUAAGCUAAUGUUUGUUGACUUUAAGAUAUACCUCAAGCUUCUUCCUUUAGAGCGCGUGGCGUGCUGCCCAGUGUCUCUCUCCCUAGCCUCCAACAAGCUCACCAGAAACUAAUAGGUGUCCGUUAUUUUGGUUUACUUAAUCUUGUGAAAAGUGAUACAUUCAAAUGUUGGUUAACGUGUUAACUAGUGAAAAUUAAGCUAAAUGAAAGUUUGCCACUGCAGGUAGCUGGUCCCAAAACACACAAAUAAUGUUGAACUUCGUUAUUGAUGAUACGAAGAUAACGAUUUGUGCUGCAUUUCAACCACAACUGUCGGUUCAGUUGUAUUAAAUUGAAGAAUACUGAAGAAUACUAUAACAUUUUUAUUUUUUAUAGCCCGUCAAUACGAUGCUGGUAAUAAUUUUCACGCAUGUUAACGUGUUUCUCGGUUUUUAUUUCAUAAAAAUACAUUUUAGGAAAACAAUAACUAACUAAAGUUGAUGUUGCCUACACUUCAGUUAAAUGAGGAACAGUCGCAGUUUUGAACUACGAGAAGUUAUAACGGUCGUUGUGGUAUCCCGCGGCAUGGGGAAGGUAACCAUGCUACCAUGUAACGGUCGUCGUGGUAUCCCGCGGCAUAGAGAAGGUAACCAUGCUACCAUGUAACGGUCGUCGUGGUAUCCCGCGGCAUGGGGAAGGUAACCAUGCUACCAUGUAAUGGUCGUCGUGGUAUCCCGCGGCAUAGAGAAGGUAACCAUGCUACCAUGUAACGAUCGUCGUGGUAUCCCGCGACAUAGAGAAGGUAACCAUGCUACCAUGUAACGGUCAUCGUGGUAUCCCGCGGCAUAGAGAAGGUAACCAUGAUACCAUGUAACGAUCGUCAUGGUAUCCCGCGGCAUAGAGAAGGUAACCACUAACCAUUCGUGACAUAGCUGCCUUCUUAAAAUGUAACCGUUAACUUCUUAAAAUACUAACUAAAACAGUUUUUUUAAUAAUUCGAACUCUUUACUGAGUAAGUGAAUAAAUUCUUUUGAAGCUAGUCUUCAAGUGACAUUUAAUUUCUGUCAGUGCCACAUCGCAUGGAGUGUAGCUGAUGGUGCAUUCGCCUCCUACAUUCAUUCAGCGUUGUUCAGUGCACAGAUGUUCAGGAAUACUCAUGCGGAGUAUUCUUGUGACUCCUACAGAUGUGUUCUCUUCUACUUAAUUCUCGAUUCAAUGCAUAAUUGCUACCAACUAGUGUAGGAUUGUGUUCAAUAACCUAGUGUUCUCUUCUCCUUACUUCCUCAUUCAAUGCAUAUUUGCUACCAACUUGUGAAGAAUUAUGUUCAAUAAACUAUUGUUCUCUUUUCGUACUUCUUGAUUCUAUGCAUAAUUGCCCCCAACUAGUGUAGGAUUGUGUUCAAUAAGCUAGUAUUCUCUUCUCCUUACUUAUCGAUUCAAUGCAUAAUUGCUGCCAACUGGUGAAGGAUCGUGUUCAAUAAGCUAAGAGUACACAACCAACAAAGUCACAGCUCGACACCACGGAUCACAAUGCAACUCAAAACGCUCAGCAUUGCGCUUUUGCUGCUCAUGUUCUGUCACCUCUGCCUUGCGCGCGAUGCUCCCGAGAUCAUUGCAAUAAAUGAAGCGUUGAACGCAACGGCUGAAAAUGAACACAAUGUGAGCUACCCUCAUCCCCUUAAUCGGCCGAAGGACGCAACAGCUGAAAAGGAACACAAAGUACGCUACCCUCAUCCCCACAACAAAACAUCAAGCAGCAGAGACAAUAUCUCUGCCGGCGCUCCAACCGCCGGACUUGAGCGGAUGUUUGGUCGUGUGCCGCCAGCUCUGCCACGACAACAAGAAUUUGGUCCCAAUCGGGAACGGCGUGGGUCUGGCGGAGGCUUCUACUGCGUCGAGAAAGUAUUUCUCUGGACCAACGCCUACAAGAGCGGGCAGGAGUACGAGCUCAUCGACAGUCCCGCGUCUCUCCGCCGCACCCACAUGCUUGAGGCCGCCAAGACAUACGUCGUCAUCCAUGGCUUCAUGUCUGACGCCUCGCAGCCAUGGAUCAUCCAGACCAAAACAAAGCUACUGCAGCGCGAGAACUGCAACGUGCUGGCGGUGCAGUGGUGGGCUGGCAACACAUACGCAGAUUACUACAGGGCAACAGGAUACGUACCGUGCACUGGCUCUGAGGUAGCAGAGAUGCUCAGGGAGGCACGAGCUACAAAGCACGUGGAGCUACGUGACGUGCACUUGAUCGGCCACUCGCUCGGCGCCCACGUCGCGGGCUUCGUCGGCAAAAACGUCACGGGCGGCGUGGGGAGAAUCACGGGUCUGGACCCUGCAGGUCUGACGUACCACAGGGUCGAUAAGACGAAACGUCUCGACAAGACGGACGCUAGUUACGUCGACGUCAUCCAUACGAACGCGUGCGUCACGAACAACCCUUGGUUUGCGUGCUAUGGUCUCAACGAGGCCAUCGGCCACACCGACUUCUGGCCCAACGGGGGCGAGUACCAACCUGCCUGCCGGGGCCUUGCAGCGCCCCACAGCCCCGCUAUGGAAGGAGGCUUGGUUGGCUGCGACCACCAGAUGAGCUGCACGUACUUCAUCGAGAGCCUCGCCUACAGCGACGCUACGACGCGCUUUUUGGCGCGCCCCGCCCGCUCCUACAGCGAGUACACUGAGGGCAACGCGUCCUGCGGCCACGCCCCUCAGUACAUGGGCGUGCAUGCUGACCCUUGGUCGCACGGUGACCACUACCUCACCACGUCCGCGCUGUCGCCCUACGCCUACAAGGACGCUGCGUGUCCCAGCCGCCAGGGACGACGUCUACACGACGCAAGCUUCACGUCUGCCAUCGUCGCCAUCGUCGUGACGGUCCUGACCAUCGUCGUGCCAGCCAUCGUCAUCGGCAUGUCACGCGCUGCUCAUCGACUCUUCCCUGAUUGUCACUUCUUUAAUUCGCUGUUUGUAUCGAGCGCACAAGAACAAGAGCCUUUAUGGCCUGAGCCUUCACAUCAUGAGGAUGGACAGCCAAGCAAUGGCGAUGGACUGCCAAGUCAUGGCAAUGGACAGCCAAGUCACGGCGAAGGACAGCCAAGUUAUGGUGAUGGACAGCCAAGUCACGGCGAAGGACAGCCAAGUUAUGGCGAUGGACAGCCAAGUAAUGUCUAUGGACAGCCAAGUCCAUCAUGCGGAGGUGGACAGACACUCCAAGGCGAUCGUGCAGAACAAGCAAGUGCUGACAUCGAUGAUGUACGCAAGGCUGAUGAUGGCAGUCAAUAUGGCGAUGCUAUAGAAAGUGAUGAUGGUGAAGUUCAGUAUCAAGAUGCCCACUUGAUCUGAAGAAAUAAAAUCCUUGAGGCAUGUUCUUCUAUUAUAUUUUAUUAAAAGCAAAAUAUUUACCAGACCUGUGCACACAUUCGUACAACGGUUACGAACACGACAAUUUUUCAAGCUUUUGCUGCAAUACGAACUCAAGUAUUGAAUUCGUUUCCACGCACGACGUAACAAACUAUCGUGUGCAUGGCUGAUAAAUAUAUUGCUUUGUUUCGCCAGACUUACAAUGAGCUGCAUAGAUCUUUAUUAUGGGUUAAUUGUUUAGUAAUUGUGAACUGUUGCCUUAUUGUUCCAUGUUAGGAUUAGUCAACUAUAUAAAUAUACUUUUAUGCUGGGUUAAGGACUGAUGGCCAAUGCAAUACUCAUAGUGAUGUUACUCAGUAUUGCUAAAGUUAUAUUGUAUAAAUAAAUCUUGUAAGCUAUCGCGAUGUUAACCCUCUACCGCCGUUUGUCACUCUCCGGGAACUUAUCUCUCAAGUUAUAUUAUACGUGAACUAUUGAGUGUAGCAACCUGAGGACGUUUGUACGCAACAGAGAACA